UUUUUCAUUUAUUUUUUUGUUGUCGUAAUAAAAGAGUGUCCUUCUUUGACUAUUCUAGGUGUUUUUUUCUUUAACAACACACGAUCGUUUUACGAUCUUUCUGGGGAAAAUGAGAAUAUUAAUACAAGGAAAGAAAUUUGUUUCGCCAUGAUUUCUUCAACAUCACUCACAUAUUCGGAUUUCAGACUAUAAAGAACUCUUAAAUGGCAAAAGACAAUGAAUAGUUUGCUGUCGUGAAAUGGGAAAAUACAAGUAAUGAUGAAGCGCAAGCAGCAAUUGUUGCAUUAUGUAAUUCUAUCCCACCACCAUCUGCUCAAAAAUGGAUGAAACAAGUGGAAGCAUUCGGUGUUGUUUUAAAAGGUCCAUCAGCAAUUACUAUUGAUAUCCCAUUGACAUCCGAAGGAAUUUAUAAAUGUUUGAAUGGUUCAAAUGGAUCACAUAAAUGGACAGUUGCUGCAAGAAAUUUAGUUGUUUGUUAUUUCAAAGAUAUUAAUUAUCAACAUCAUGAUACAUCAUAUACAACAAUAAAAAAAGCAGAUUCAGAUGCAAUGGAGAAAAUAUUUCAGAAGUUGAAUUUAGUAGCAAAAUAUCAAUUUAGUUCAACAAUAUCAAAUUAUUGUCGCAAGCAACGUGCAGCUGGUGAAAAAACAACAACAAAUAAUCGUCCAGCAGAAGAUCAUGAAAAAGAAACAAUAUUAACUGAUGAACAGAAUGUGACAGUUUGA